GUACAAAUGAUGGUGCAAUAUUAUUAGACGAUCCUUAUUCAAUACAAUCAACAUCACAGGACGUACUGCAAAAUAUAGAAGAUACAGCAAAUAUGGAAAAUAUGGAAAAUAUGGAAAAUAUCGAAAACAUUGAUACAUUAAAUGUAACCAACACUACCAACAUACCAACACAACCAACACAUGGAAUACAAAGGUCAGGUGCAUCUAAUCCCUCUAAAAGACGAAAGGCACGUUUGUCGGACAAUUUAAACGAAGCCCGAGAGUCAUUUGCUGCAAUUGCCGAAAGACAUGCUGAAGCAAUGAAAAUGUUAGCAGAGUCUAUGAAACUCCAAGCGGAAGCUACAUUGCAAUUGAGCAAUAACAUGCAAAAACUCGCCGAAAACGAAAGACGGCAAAUAACAAUUUUAAAAAAUCUUGUUAAAAGGGUUGCCUAACUUUUAAUAUAUGUUUUUGAUAGUAAU